AACAAAAAGCCAUUCAGACUUGGUCGUGGCUGCUUUUCAUUCUCACCGGCCAAGAACACAUCUCUGACAUUUAACAGCCAUGGCAAGGGCUUGUUUCAGUGCAUGCCUCAUUUGCAGUUUUGCCAUUCCUGUGUUGCUUUUCAAUCCAAGUCAACUCCAAGUUUACCCAAAAGAUAGCCGAGUUUCAGGGGUGUUUGAGGUUGCAUUUGGAUCAUUGCCAAAUAAGGUCUCCUAUGCCUUCAACGCCUCACAAGCCAGAGAGGUGUGCCAGUUUCUGAAUGUUACCAUAGCCUCAAAAGCACAAGUCUUAGAGGCACACAGGAAUGGGUUGGAGACAUGCAGGUACGGUUGGAUUGACGAACAAAUUGCAGUCAUCCCUCGCAUAAAGCCAAGCCAGGGGUGUGGUCAAAAUCAAGUCGGGGUCAUUCCUUGGAGAACACCCGUCACCAAACUCUUUGACGUCUUUUGCUUCAACGCAACAGAUUUGGAGAUGCAGCCGAAUGUCACGACUACCAAUGUACCUACAACCACUAAAAAAGUACUUACAGCAUCCUCAACACCUUCUCCCACUGUUACCCUGCUCCUCCAAUCAACGCAUUCAACACAGUCAAGCUCUGACUCUCCUUCUCCCACACCGGCCCACCCUGACCUGUCUCUACGUCCCCAGCUCAAGAGCAUCACAGAGUUUUCUUUUGGAGUGGUACCAACGGCGCUACUUGUCACCGCUGUGAUGCUCCUUCUACUGUCUGCAUUUGCUGCACUUUGGAUCAACAGAAAAAGCAGCAUCCCGUUCUGGAAAAGGAAACAAAAGAAAGAGGGUGAUGAGGAGGUGUGGAAAAGCUCAUGUGAGAAAGAGCUGAAUGAACACCAGACAGAGGAUGUGGAAGCUGGGAGCAAGAACAAUUCUUCAUAAGAAGAGCUUUAUAUGAAUCACUAUUAUUAUUAUUAUUUCUUCUACAUCAUGUCUGUGUCUAGUGUGGAACAUGAAUCUUAAGUGCAAUGCAAUGAAAUGCGAAUGCAAUGGCUUUAACGGGAAAAUAACCAUUAUCAGUCAAAAGCAUUCCAAAAUGGGGUUUUAUUUGUAUUGUAUGCUUCACCGCAGUAUAUGGGCAUGUUAUGCAGUUACAGUAACCAAGUGUAUGUAUUUAUUCUGUGACCUGAGCUUUGUGCCUCCAUAAUACCUUCCGGUCAAUGUUUAUAAUUAUAAAACUAAUAAGUUAAAUGCUGAAAUAUUUAAAUAUCUGAAUUGUAAAUAGUUAAUGAAGUAUAUGUUCAUGUUCCUUUGUGCCUUUAAUAACUGGGCUUAUUGCAAACUACCCAGAGGACUGUUUGAUGGCUUACAUUAAACCUAUUUUUCUUAUUAAAUAACACAGUGGACCUUUUUUUAACACAGGUGCUACCAUCUAUAUUGUUAGAGUCAGCAGUAGCACACUCCUCUAUUUUAGUGAAGUAGAAACUGUAGUAGGACAGUGUCUGGGGCUGUGCCCAAUGUCAUGUUCACAUUCUGAAUGA